UGGCGGGCGUGCCGGGAGGUGGUGUCACUUACUGGGACUGUAGAUAAAGAACAAUUCCCGUGAAAAGGUGCAGUUACCGUGUCAACCAGUGACAUGUUCGUGCAGAUCGUCCCCUUUAGUACAUUGCACCAGACGUGCCCCUUAACCUCGGCUUUGGCAUUGUAGGGGCAGCGCAGCUGUAUGGACUCUGAGCCUCCAUCAUGGGGCAGAUGCUAUCCAGGGUGUUCGGGAACAAGGAGAUGCGGAUUUUGAUGUUGGGUCUGGACGCCGCCGGGAAGACCACCAUUCUCUACAAGCUGAAGCUGGGCCAGUCCGUGACCACCAUCCCCACCGUGGGCUUCAACGUGGAGACCGUCACCUACAAGAACGUCAAGUUCAACGUGUGGGACGUCGGCGGCCAGGACAAGAUCCGUCCUCUGUGGCGGCACUACUACACGGGCACGCAGGGACUGAUCUUCGUGGUGGACUGUGCCGACCGGGACCGCAUCGACGAGGCGAGGCAGGAGCUCCACCGCAUCAUCAACGACCGCGAGAUGCGGGACGCCAUCAUCCUCAUCUUCGCCAACAAACAGGACCUAGUGGACGCCAUGAAACCCCACGAGAUCCAGGAAAAGCUGGGGCUGACCCGCAUCAGAGACAGGAACUGGUACGUGCAGCCCUCGUGCGCCAACACCGGGGAGGGACUGUACGAGGGCCUCAUGUGGCUCACCUCAAAUUACAAAUCCUAAUUCUGUUUCUACGGCGAUUCCCUUUUUUUAAUUCUCGUUUUGUUUUACAUUUGGAAAGACGGAUGAGCGGAGCUCUGAAGGGGUUACUGUUCUCGCCCCGACGUGGGUGAGGCGCCGCGUGGUGACAGAGUUAUUGCGCGCGUCGGCGGCGGGUUAUUGCGCGUCUGGCUCUGCUGCUGAGACUGAAAGCCCCGUGUGGCAUCUGCCUUAAUCGUCAGUGACAUUUAAC